UCUCCACAUAGCCAGAACAGCACCUGCUGUAAAAGCUAACUGCCACGCGGUUACCUCAAAUCCUAUGGGGCCAGGAUCCUGUAAACUGGGCCAAUUUUCAGCAGCUAAAAAUGAAGGUCUGACUCAUUUCCUCCACAGAACUUACUUCAACACAGGUUUUAAGAUUGGCCUAGUUUCUUAUUUUAGCUUGGUGUGUAAAUAAGUAUAAAAUAUACUAAAGAUAAAUGCUACUUUUUUUUUUUUUUUUUGCUUUAAACUAUGCGUUGAAAAUGACAGGAGUCUCUGCACAAGCUGGCUUGAAGAUUUGCAACAGGAAUCAGUAAAAGUGUCUUAGAGUUUCAGUGAAGAGCUUGUUUUCUGAUCCCAACACUUCAGAGCACUGGUCAUCCAACUAGAAGUUUAACAACAUAUACAUUGCAAAGAAAGAUUUUUCUUUUUGCACAUACUUUUCAGACCUAUGCAGCUAUGUCAGAUGGCAAAUUUCGAAGAGACACUUUGAAAUAUGAAACUAACUCAACAAUUUAUUUGAAAGAAAAAGAGUUUGAGUUUCAAACAACAACAACAGAUGAGGAGGAUAGUAACCCAGCACUGGUUGAUGAUGCUUUGGAUGACUCCUCAAGUUCAUAUUGCACUGCCAUUUGUUCACUCAGUGAGUAUAGUGAGGCUCUGGAAGAUGAAACAACGUGUGCUGAUCAACCAUGUGAGAAUGCAUCAUCUGAGUCCACACAAUCUCUAUUUGUGUCAGGACAAACUGUGACAAACUCUUCACCUGAGAUCACUAGGCUUCUGCGAGACCACAAAACAAAACAGAAUGAUGAUGGUAAAUCAACUUCAGAGGAUAAAUUAAGUAAUGAACUGCAAUAUGACCAAAAUGAAUAUUCUGAAAAAAAUCCUGUUUGGAUCGAAUCAAAACAAUUUUCAGCAAGCCCCAAAAUCACUAUUUUAAACAUGAAUCUAAUAAAUAUAAAUUCUGUAAAUGCUGACCAAGACAGUACUCUCGCUAAUACACCUUACCCCACACCAGGGGAUUAUUUCAAAAGAAAGAAGAGAGCUACUCAAACUGAUACCAAACCUGUUGAGAAUGUUGACGCCCUGGAGCACAAAAUUAACCCAAAUACAAUUUUGACGAGAAGUAAAGCAAAUAGGCACAACCAGGAAAAACAUCUAGAUCACAGCGAUAUUAAGCCAGAAGAACACUCCACGCCACUUCAACAAAGCUCCAAAAAUGCUCAGUAUAAACUCAGCACUGACUUUAAACUGGGCACUGACGAUUCUAUCAUCAGUAAAAUAAAAUGGGAGGGGAAGGAGCAGGGUAUAGGGGUUGGAAAAGAGCAGGCAAAGCUGUCAGUCAGUACUGGAAAUUUAAAACCGCCUGCAAGCUGCACCUCAACACUCACAGCCAAAAAGCCGAAGUCAGGAAUCCUGCCACAUUGUUAUUCUAAACGUCUCCUCACAACCGGGAACCAACACCAAUCGCAGAGCCCUCCUGUUUCCCAGAGGUUGCAAAAGCAGAACGGACAAGGCGUCGGGCUGUCCACAUCACUUACACCAACACCCUGCAGCAGCUCCAGGCAGCACUGCAGCUCUGCAGACAACACCCAAGAAAAAUUCAGCAUGGCUACUAAGGUAGCUGGGGCAACCAUGGAAGUAAGAGGCCUCGCUGCACUGGAAUAUACAGAAUCCUCGUGUGCUGAAACUAACUACCUGGAUGUUUUCAACUCCUCUUGUUGGUCUUCAACUCAGCUGUCUUCUGAUAAGGACUUUUAUGAUUGGUCCAAGGAUCUUUUGUCCUUCAAGAUGCCAAAAUCUUUAACGAACAACAAUAACAUUUCAGCAUGUUCAGAUGCUAGUAGUUUUGAAUGUAUCGAUGUGGCUUUAGAAGACCAUGAAGACGUGGACAGAAAUGCAAAGACAGUACCAAAGAGACAGAUCCAGCUGAAAAGACGAGACAACACAGAGUCUCAUGCUAGUGAAAAAGACAUUAUUCCAUCUACACCUAAUCGUCCUCGGGACAUUCUCCAGCGUCAGCAUAGUACUCCUGCUGCCCUUCAUCAGGACUCGCAUGGAUCUGAAACUAAGUCUGGGCAAACUGCUCAAAAGCAAAAGCUCAAGAAAUCAGUAUCAUUGGAUGAAUCAUCAAGUAAAACUAAACUGGCUUCCUGCAUUAUUAAAAAUGUCCUAUCAAAGAGGAUGCAACAUGAACAGAUCCUUCACAGUGAGGAUGUUACUGAACAAACCUUCUGUCCUAUUAAAGCAGAUGGCACAGUCAAUAAUAUUGAUAACCUGUCAUCUUGUGCUAAGGAAGAGUGCACUGAAAGUAAUAAUGUGAACUUGGCUACAGUUACUCUUUUAAAUUCUCAUAUUGCAUCUCAGAGUCCAACAUUGAAGACUGACUUCCAGACAGUAAGGUCUGUCAAAGAACAUAUCAGUGUCAACUCCAAAAUACUUCCUAAAAUGAUAACCAAACACAGUUUCAACCCUCUGCUUAGAGGCCUAGGAAGGACACAUUUUCACGGAGGUGGUACUGAAAUAGCUGCCUAUUCUGAAACGGAAAAAGAGAAGCUGAGCCUCAGUAAGAAGGCAACCCGGGGCGUUGGACAGAAGCUAUCCUGUGACUCAGCAAAGGGUAAAGCAUGGAACUUGAGUACAGUCACAAGUGGAGCUGUUGGCAAACAAGCUGCAGUGGAAACAACACCUGAGGAAUGUGAAAGUCUGCAGGCAGCCCAGAAACAACAUUAUGCCAAGGAUCAGCCCAUUGAGAAGCAAGAGAAACCAGGUGAGAGAGAAGAAAGUGCACAAAGUUCAACAGUGUCUACCUGGUUAACUUGUAGUCUGGAUGAAAAUGCAGUGGAUAAUGUCCUGUCCAAAUCUGCUCAGUGCAAUGUGGAAAAAGAUCAGGAGAGUGACAAGGGAGAACUCAGGCCCCCUGGGCAGUCAGCAAAUAUGGGUAUUCAGAGCCAAGGAAAAUUUAGAGCAAUAGCCCCUGUGCAUGUGGUGAGGGAUAUGCGGAGCUUAGUGAAAAACAAAUACAGUCUGUCAUUCAGGGGGCCCUGUGAAGAAAUACAAGGGCUAGAUGAUACAAGCACUAGUUUUGCAACAGCAGCACCCCAUCCAGUUAUCAGCAGACAAAAAGUGAAGGAAAAAAAUCAUGAUAAAACUCUACAUGCACCAAAGGCAACACUACCUCAUGCACCGAACACUGUCAUAGAUUUGAAAUCUCUUGAUACCGCUUCCAGAGAAUGUGUAACAAAGUCUGCCUCUGUCCUGAAAUCAAAUAACAAAAUUUCCCAUGCUAGAUUUACAAAGGUCAGCCCAAUUAGUGCAACCAAAACGAGCAGUGGAUUGUCAAAAUCUCCAGAGGUACAAGAUAGCCUAACAGCUGCCAGCCAAACUAAUGUCAAAUUUAAAAAUGCACACAUGAAACAAACAACUUGCGCAAGCACGCCAACACAAGUUCAUAAGGGGAGCUUAACUAAAACAUCUAACAAUGAGCAGAAUGUAGAUAUCAAAAACACAGAAUGUGAGAACCAUAAAACCUUUGCUGUGCAUCCAGUGCAGCCACUGACAACUGCACCACAGUAUUGUCUAGCUACAGAAAGGUCUGACAAGCAGGGUAGUUUGGAGCUCUACAAUCAAGUAUGUUUUGCAGAGCAAGAGGCUCAACAGACGACUCCAGGUCUACCUGACAACUCACAAAGUUCAGCUGGGCCUUCCUCUGCCUGUGUCUUAACUGUUGCACCAGCACCAGUGUUCCCAUCCUAUUUCUACAAACCUAAUUUACUAGCAUAUCACACAAUCCCUCCAAACAUGGGGACAGUUAGUUAUGUUCAAGGCCCUGUCUUGCUGCAAACGCCACCUCACAACCAGCCUACUACAGCGAGUGCUCCUGUCCCCUUGAUAAAAUCGUUAUCUGUGAAAGAAAGACCGCUAUCUCAGCCAUGCACAGCAGAUGGCUACCCAGUAGCGCAAGAGUCAUCUAAGCAGAUGGAGAAUGAAGAUACUAGCCAGAAAAUGCCUUCUCCAGAUACCCAGUCAUGCACAGCUUUCAUCACAACCAUGGCUGAUGAGGGCAAAUAUGGGGGUGCUAGUUUGCUGUGUCCGGAAAUGGGUGGAAGUCAGCAUGUGUCAAAUUCUCGACACAUGCUGCUUGACCCUGAAACUGGCCAGUGUUUCUAUGUAGACAUGCCACAACUGCCACAACGGAAAAUGCUCUUUGACCCAGAGACCUGCCAAUAUGUUGAGGUCGUAGUCCCACAGCAAACUUUGUCCGGUGCUGUAAUGACAGCCCCCUGUGCCAUACCUUUUCCCUCCCUUCACUUCCCAGCCAUGUACACUCCACAUUGCCUAUCUUAUGUCCAGACACACCAUCGGGUGCUGCCUCCACCAGAACCUUGAGAGCUGACACAAAGACCUGAAGCAGUUGAUCUAUAGAGUCCUAGUUCUAGACACAGAAUUAAUGAAAUUUGCAUAAUGUUUAAUAAUGUUGAAUUAGCAUAUCUGAUCACAAGUGAUAUAUCUACCUCUGGAAUUGCCCAAUUAAAAUAUAAAGGCAUAGUAAAUACUAAAUCAAAAUUUUUGAUGAAAACCCAAUUUUUUUGCCUUAAAACCUAAAUUAGUUUUGUAAUAUUCCUGCAAAAGGAUUAAUACCAUGUCCUCAUUUGCUGGAAUUGUACACUAAUGCACUUGUGAGAACAUCUGGUCCUUCGAGUAAAAUGAGAGUCACUCACCAAUUUAACACUGAAUUUUAUAGAUGCAGGAGCUUCCAUCAAGAACUUUUCCAGUUAUGUUUGAAUUUAUAACACGUCCAACAUGGACAUGUUGGGGUGUAAUCAGUGGGGCUUAGAUUAACUAUUGUACAUGACUGAAUACACACACUGAAAGACACAUUUGUUGUGAACCACUUGAAUCACUUUUUAAAACCUGCACAUUGUGCUAGAACUAAAAUAAUGCUAGAAAUCCUUUAUAUUGUUUGUACACUUUAUAUUAGAAAUGUUUCCUUGAAAAUUUUGUAUAUGAAAUUUAUGUUUGGUUAUUUUCUAUGGAACCUUGCAGAUGGGUAUAUUCCUUUUAAGAGGCCAAUAGUCUUUCUAAUGGCCACUCAGGAAAAAAAAAGGAAAAACCUGACCAGACUUUUGCUAUCAAUGCUUUGAGUGAGAAAAUGUAGAUAUGUUGAUAGUUCCAUUACAUCAAUAUAAUCAAUUAAAGCAAUGACAAGAAUAUAUC